UCUUGUAAUUCAUCCAACUCUGAGGCCUCAAUGCUUCUUCUUCUUUUACUAAGCUUUCUCAAUCUUUCCUGUUCAUGGGCUGCUUCAGGUUCAGUCUACGAAACCUUUCUCCAUUGCUUAACACAUCAACCGAACUCCACAAACCAAGUCUCCAGCAUAGUCUACAGCCAAAAAAAUGCAUCAUACACCUCAGUUUUACGAUCGUAUAUCAGAAACGCUCGUUUCAAUUCUUCUGCAACGCCAAAGCCUCUACUCGUCAUAACCCCAUUGCAAGAAUCCCAUGUUCAGGCUGCUGUGAUUUGUUCCAAACAAGUUGGUUAUCAACUUAAAAUCCGUAGCGGCGGCCACGACUUUGAGGGCAUUUCGUAUAUCUCUGAAACCCCCUUUUUUAUUCUUGACAUGUUUAAUUUACGAUCAAUAAACAUUGAUAUGAACGAAGAGUCCGCUUGGGUUGAAGCUGGAGCCAUACUGGGUGAACUUUAUUACAGGAUUUGGGAGAAAAGCAAAGUGCAUGGCUUUCCUGCUGGUGUUUGCCCCACUGUUGGCGUUGGUGGGCACUUGAGUGGCGGAGGUUAUGGCAACAUGAUGCGGAGAUUUGGUUUGUCGAUUGAUAAUGUUGUUGAUGCUAAGAUUAUCGAUAUUAAGGGGAGAAUUCUUGAUAGAAAAGCAAUGGGAGAGGAUCUCUUUUGGGCACUUAGAGGAGGGGGUGGAGCCAGUUUUGGUGUUGUGUUAUCUUAUAAAAUCAAUUUGGUUCCAGUUCCUGAAACGGUUACCGUUUUCAGAGUUGAAAGGCUCCUGGAAGAGAAUGCGACGGAUGUGGCCUAUAAAUUUCAAUUUGUGGCGCCUAAAACUGAUAAUAAUUUGUUCAUGAGAAUGCUUUUGCAGCCCGUCAUACGAAACAAGAAGCAGACUGUUAGAGUUACGAUUAUGACAUUGUAUUUAGGUGGGGCGGACAGUCUUGUGUCUCUCUUGGGCAAGGAAUUUCCUCAAUUGGGGCUAAGAAAGGAAGAUUGUAGGGAGAUGAGUUGGAUUGAUUCAGCUCUUUGGUGGGCUAGUUUAGGUGUUGGUAAUCCAAAAACUCUGCUUGACAGAAAUCUCGACUCGGCUAAAUUCUUGAAGCGGAAAUCGGAUUACCUCCAGAAACCAAUUCCCAAGCGUUCCUUGAAUUUGAUAUGGAAAGUUUUGAUGGAAUUGGGAAAAACCGGAUUGGUUUUCAAUCCUUAUGGAGGGAGGAUGGAUGAAAUUCCUGAAUCAGAGACUGCAUUUCCUCAUAGAGCCGGAAACUUGUUCAAGAUACAGUACUCAGUGAAUUGGGAUUCACCUGAUAUUGAGCUUGAAAAGAACUACACAUCUCAGAUAAGAAGUCUUCACAGCUUCAUGACUCCUUUUGUGUCCAAGAAUCCAAGGAGCGCUUACUUGAACUACAGAGACCUAGAUAUUGGCAUUAAUCAUAAUGGUAAAAAUAGAUAUAAUGAAGGUAGAGUUUAUGGGGUAAAGUAUUUUAAUGAAAAUUUUGAUAGACUGGUGAAAGUGAAGACAAUUGUUGAUCCUGAAAAUUUCUUCUGGAAUGAGCAGAGUAUCCCUCCUCAACCGGGGAGGGGCAGAAGGCUCUGAAUACCUAAAGUUCAGGAUGUUGAACAUGUCAUAGUUUCUAGUUUUAUAUCAGCAAACAGAAAUAAAUAAAUUCGUACUUCUUUUACA